UUUUUUUCCUUCAGUGGAGGCCAUUAUGGGACCCUGAGAGUUCAGCUGGAACGAGAGGAGCGAGAAAAGAAGAUGAUUCCCCGGGACGGAACUGUCAAGCCAGCCUUUGCAUAUUUUUGAUCUUUGUAUAGUCUAUAUACAUUUAAGGUGGAGCCUGUCACUUUUUUUCACAUGUAUUCUUGGCAAUCGGUCGAUGACAAUGUUGAAUCGUUAAGAGGUUUUUGGAUCGAAAAAGGAGGUAGGCUUAGCUAUUGUUGCUAGCUAGCUGCGCUAGCUAGCUAGUUAGCUAGCGAGCUAGCUACGUCUUAGUGACUGGAUACUGGGUUUGAGAGCCGGUGAAUUCUUCAACCUCUUGCUGUCAAUCGCGGCAGCUGUCAUAGAGCCAUCGUUUGGACCGUGUCUGCUAUCUUCACGUUUUUCUGAGGACAACUGCAUGUAUUUCUUUUGGAAGUUUUUCCAAGACGAAUUGCAGGAUUGUGAAAGACGGGCCUGCACGGAGGAGCAGAGCAAGGCCCGUCUUUAUCAUCCAGAGGAAGCCUUUAUAAUCCUACCGACAGCCACUGCUAGCUCUGCGGGCUAGCACGUCUAUCCGAGGAUCUGCAAAAUUCAGCAGUCGGCGACCGCAAGCAUUGACUGCGAUAUAAACGAUCACACAGCCAAUACUACAUAAACUUAUUUUCAACAUUUACUCCACACAGACUCCUAUCACCUGCUACAAUGGCUGCGAUUAUAAAAGAAAUGGUCAGUCGGAACAAAAGGAGAUACCAAGAGGAUGGUUUCGACUUGGACUUAACAUAUAUCUACCCAAACAUUAUUGCUAUGGGCUUUCCAGCAGAGAGACUCGAAGGCGUGUACAGAAACAAUAUAGAUGAUGUAGUACGGUUUUUAGAUUCGAAACAUAAAAACCAUUACAAAAUCUACAACCUCUGCGCAGAAAGACACUACGAUACUGCCAAAUUUAACUGCAGAGUUGCACAGUACCCCUUUGAAGACCACAACCCUCCUCAGCUGGAACUGAUUAAGCCGUUUUGUGAAGACCUGGACCAUUGGCUCAGCGAGGAUGACAAUCACGUGGCGGCCAUUCACUGUAAAGCUGGGAAGGGCCGCACCGGAGUCAUGAUCUGUGCUUAUCUCCUCCAUCGCGGCAAAUUCUUGGAUGCCCAGGAAGCACUUGACUUUUAUGGCGAAGUCAGGACAAGGGACAAGAAGGGAGUAACUAUCCCAAGCCAGCGCCGCUACGUCUUCUACUACAGCUUCCUACUGAAGAACCGGCUAGAGUACAAGCCGGUGGCGCUGCUCUUCCACAAAAUGGUGUUCGAGACUCUCCCUAUGUUCAGCGGGGGCACCUGCAGGGACAAUACCGUUAAAAACAGGAGUGAGCCGACACCUCAGGGCUUCAAGAAAGGGAAUUGGCAUUGGGAUCCCCAGUUUGUUGUGUACCAGCUGAAAGUCAAGAUUCACACGUCAAACCCCGCUCACACACGGCGCGAGGACAAGUACAUGUUUUUUGAAUUCCCCCAGCCGCUGCCAGUUUGUGGAGACAUCAAAGUGGAGUUCUUCCAUAAACAGAAUAAAAUGAUGAAGAAGGACAAAAUGUUUCACUUCUGGGUGAACACCUUCUUUAUCCCUGGACCAGAGGAGAGCGGGGAAAAAAUUGAGAAUGGUGCAAUGAAAAUUGAAGAGAGCCAGCAGGGAGGACCAGGUCAGGGCCAGCCGCAGAGCGCCGAGUACAGGGAGUACCUCAUCCUGACGCUCACCAAGAACGACCUUGACAAGGCCAACAAAGACAAGGCUAACCGCUACUUCUCGCCAAACUUCAAGGUGAAGUUGUAUUUUACAAAAACCGUGGAGGAGCCUUCGAAUUCUGAGGCUAGCACUUCGACAUCGGUCACCCCGGACGUUAGCGACAAUGAGCCAGACCAUUAUCGAUACUCUGACACCACUGACUCUGAUCCGGAAAAUGAACCUUUUGAUGAAGAGCAGCACACGCAAAUCACAAAAGUGUGAACUCUUUUUAAGCAGGAAAAGAAGAAAUUAUACACCUGGAAAAAAGGAGAAAACUUGAAUAUAAACUCAAAAGAAGAACCUUUGUCCCUUCCCUCCCCCAGGCGGCAAUAGAAUAUCAUCAUGUCAAAUGCCAAUUUUAGGGAAAAAAAAAAGAAAGAAAUGUCCUGACCAAUAUAUUGUUUUGUUUUUAUUUUUUUAUUUUUAUUUUUUUCUUUGGCACGACCAUGUACCAUGUGCAAGGUAUUGACACUGUUGCCCCAUGGGAAAAGGUGCUGUAGCUAUACAAAUGUGUUUAUAUAUAUAUACAUAAUAUAUGUAUAUACAUAUAUACAUGCAUAUAUAUAAGCAAACUUUUUUUGUGUCAAAGACAAUGGUAAGAGUACCACAAUCAGGAGACGGGAGUUGAAGUGUGGGAGAAGUUAGAAUGAAAUACUAGGACUAUGCUGCUCCUUCUCCUGUCUAAACCAAGGCCAGUGCUGCAGUCACUUUGUUUCACUCCCUCUCUCCUCCUCCCCCCUCUCUUAUCUUUUGCUCUCCCCUCUCCUCAUCCUAUCUUCCUUCCUAUAUUCCUUUACUGUGAAUGCUUCUUGUGCUCUUUGCAGGUUGUCUCAUGUGACUUUUGGCCUUUGUGCAGUACAAACUGCAUGCGGGCAGUGGGUUGGGGGUGGGCGGGGUUAUGAAGAGGCUGUGAUGAUGUCUAAAGCAUUGCCAUUCCUGUUCCCACUGUGUAUACGUUAAAUUAUGCAGAACAAGGCAUCCCAUGUAAUUGUUAAUGUUUUUUUUAUCCUAAGAUAAUAAAAGUAUAAUACACAAAACA